CCCGACAAAGAUCGUUGCCUUAUCUUCCUUGAUAUAACUUCAACGACGUCGAACAGUCGAAAUUGGUUGAAGGGAUGCAAGGGAGGUAUGACUGGACUAAGGUCCGGCAAAAUGCGCUGGUGGGGAAGUUCGACGAUAUCCUCUACCGGCUGUUGAGGCAACAAAAGGAGGAACGGGAAAAGGUGAAGCUGGGAGAGGUGAAGGACGGUGAGAUUUACAAAGCUUUGACCUGCAUGAGAGAGAUGAUGGAAGGCAUGAAGGAGGAAAGGUUGAAGUUUCAAGUCAUGAUGGCCAACGAGAAAAAGAGUAAGAGGAAAGGGAAAGAGCCAGUGGAAGAAGAAAGCGACAGUGAAAGCGAGGAGGAAAAGGAGCCGCCUCGUAAGUUGACAAAGGCGGAGAGGAAGGUCUUGAAUCAAAUUCGAGGCGGACAGGGGACUUCCCGUAAACAGGGGAAGAACGGUGGCCAAAACAAUCAAGGAGGGAAAGGCGGUGCCGGCGGUGGUUCGUUAGGACAAAGUUCCCAAGAUCAAGGGCAGUUUCAGCCGCAGGGUGAAAGAGGCUGCGGUCGAGGCCGUGGGAACGGACAGCGAAGCCGUUGGGCGGAACCUGAUCGCCCCAACAUUGAAGGGGGUAUGAGGAAGGAGGCGUUUCGCCGAAUGGGUCGUUCGCUGCCGGCGACGUUCCGGAUUGCUUCUCUCGAAGAGGCACGGUUGACCGAGGUCGAGGAGGCCAUGGCGUCGUUACAUAUUGACGACUCGACGGCGGAACUACAAGGGUUUAGGAAACAAGUGGUGGAACGAGCGCAAACCAUCACGAGGCUGCUUGCCCGAUGCCGGGACUCUAUCAUCCGACUUUGCGUGGACAUGGAGGAAGGAUUGCCGAAUGUCUUUCUCUUCGGCGAAUGGGGUGAUAAAAGGGAAGAUGCGUCUGGUGAAGCAGGGACACCUGCUCCGAGAGAAACAUCGCAAAUUGGGCCAAUGGUAAGCACGAUGAGACCUAGGCCUGUGCUAAAGAGGAGUGCUCCGACUGUAGCCGUGCAGACUCGGAUGCAGCGACGAAAUGAGCAGCUUCAAAAGGAAAGAGAGUCUGAAAAGGCGGUGGAAGAAGAGCCUAUCCCCGUUAGUGAGAACCAUGAGGAUAACGAGGAUGAGAAGUUGCGGGCCGAAGAGGAAGAACGGGUUCGUCGUCGUGCGCUGGAAAGGGAGCCGGAGAAAGGGAAGGCCGAAGUAAGCGAGGAGCCGCCCCGUGGAGCAGGGAUCGAUAUCGAGCAACUCGUCGAUAAGAUUCUGGAAAGUCAACGCGACUUGAUCACGCUGAAGGAAAUUUUAGCGGUAUCGCCGAAGAUUCGAGAAGAGUUAAAACAGCGGAUGACUCGCAAGAGAGCCGUGACUGUUAAGCUCAACGAAGUCAUUCCGCCGGAGGCUAACUGGUCCACGCCUGGGACAAAGAUGGAUCGGCGAAGUGUGUCGACCGGCCAUAUGAAGGUCCAGAUUGGACAGCAGGAGUAUUCGGCACUUGUGGAUGAUGGAGCCGAGAUGAACAUCAUUCGUGAGCGCCAUGCCAUCGAAGCUGGGUUGAAGAUCAACCGAGAUGACUAUGGGCUUUUGGUGGGAGCUAGCGGAUCGACCCCAUUCUGCGGGACAGCCAGUGGCGUUCUCGUCACGGUCGGAAAGGUCAAAGUCCGUUCUUAUUUCUACGUGUUACCUAGAGUGGAACAUGAGGUGCUUUUGGGAAGGGCAUUCCUAUGUCGAUCAAAGAGCAUCAUCAUUAACAAGCAAUAUGGAACCAUGUUUGUGAUCCUUUGCGAUCCUUUCUGCGGUUAUUACGAAGUGGUCAAGUGUGCGAACACUGGACCCUAUUGCUUGCGGAACCGACUGAACCCCGAAUCGUAUACCUUCCCGGAGUCAGAGAAAUUGAGACGGGAGAAGGAAUUACUAGGAGAGGAGCCGAAUCCUCGUGAGUUCUCGCUCACUUUGCCUGAUAUUGGGCAGGCGAUCGAUUUUGUGUCGACACAUGCGGCGAUUGAUCCAAAUGUGGUACAAGCCUUGACGGAGAUCAUCACGGACACAGGAAGCGCAGAAACUGUGCGCCUUGUUUACUCCCCGCUUGACACCAGCGCCAAACGUAAGUACAAGAAAGUAGGCGUGAAGGCGAAGUCGGUACCUGUUCUGAUCACUCAAGAGGAGGAAGUUUAUUAUCGCGAGGAGCGGGAGUGGAUCAGAGGAAUGAAAGAGAGAGGUGAAAAGGGGCCAUGUCGGUUAACCAAAGAAAGAGUGGAAAGUAUGAUCAUUGGGGUGGAAAGUAUGAUCAUUGGGGAGGAGGACCUCCUUACUAAGCAGGAAAAAGGGUAUAUCAUCGAUAUAUUCAGGGGGGAACAUCUCUCCUAUGCGUUUGAUGAUGAUGAGCGAGGAAGGCUGGAUGUCGAUAAAAUCCCGAUGAUUAGAGUUCAUACUGUACCACAUGAGCCAUGGAAUGUGAGAGGGCCACGUUAUCCGAAUCCGGAGGAUCACCGUAAGGUGGUCGCGUAUCUCGAUGGAAAGAUCCAGACAAAGGUUGCAGAUUAUUCUUACGGGCCAUAUGCAUCUCCAUGGUUCUGUUUCAUCAAACCGAAUGGUACUCUGCGAUGGAUUCAGGACCUUCAGAAGCUAAAUUCGGUGACAGUGCGAGAUGCAGGUGGACUCCCACAUGCAAACCUACUGUCGGAGUCUUGUGAAGGGAGGUCUAUCAUCACCCUCAUUGAUUUACAUUCCGGGUAUGAUAAAUUUCUCAUUUACACUGCGGAUCGGCCCAAGAUGGCGAUGCAUAGUCCUCGUGGAUUGAUCCAUAUGUGUGUGGCGCCGCAGGGGUGGACGAAUGCAGUUGCCAUUGCUCAGAGAUAUAUGACGAGGGUUAUGCAGCCUUAUUGUCCUGACAUAACUUCACCGUAUAUUAACGACUUGGCUAUUCCAGGGCCUCGAACGAAAGACCUGGCGGAGGUGUUGUCGGGUAUUCGCCGCUUUGUCUGGGAACACGUCAAUGAUGUGGUGAAAAUUCUUAAGAGGUUGAAGGAAUUUAAUCUCACAGCUAGUGGGAUUAAGUCUCGGCAUUGUAUGAAGAGAGCAGUGAUCUUGGGAUUCCUUUGCGAUGAGAAAGGUCGUCGGCCGGAUGUGAAGAAGACUAAUAAAAUCUUGGAAUGGCCGACCCCUUUCAAGUCGAUCACGGAUGUGCGAAGUUUCAUCGGAACAUGUGGAUUUUGGCACAUCUUCAUGCGCAGGUUUGCCGCCAGAGUGGAGGACUUGCGAAAGCUUGUGCGCAAAGGCCAGAAGUGGGAAUGGGGUCCGAAGCAACAAGAGGCCGUGGAGGAUAUAAAGACCGAGUUCCAGGCGGAUCAGGCGGAAGAAUCAGUUCCGGUCGAUGCCUAUCUGAAGGAAGAGGAGUCGCGAUUGAGUAUUAACUCUCUUGCCUACCUGAUUAAUGCAGCCACUCGGCAUGGGAAAUCAAUAUGGAGUGCUCCUACCUGUCACGAGGUACGGUCAGAGCUCAUGAUGGAGGGACCUUUCAUUGAGGACCCAUGGGGUGAGCAGGCCGCAGAGGAAAUGAUGAGGCUGGCUUUGACCGAUGACAUCGACCUUAUGCUUGAUCCGCUAACGAUUGAACAUGGCCAUACACAGGCUGAUGACACUUUCCAAAUCGUUGGAAGGAUGUCAUAUAUCAUGAACUCGUUGGUUCAUGAGGAUCGCCUGAGGUUAAUGAAUGCGGAGGAAGGAGACAGUGAGGUCAAAGAAGCGUUUAAGGAAAAGGAGUACGAAGGGGAGUAUAAAAAGAUAGGCUUGUGGUUGAAUGGGGAAUUGGAUGAAAGUGAGGUUGAUCCGGUUGUGCGGGAGAGAAGCAAAGGAUUCGUUGUUCGUGACGGUCAUCUCUUUAAGAAAGUUGCUGAUGGUUUCCCAAAGAGGGUGGUAUGCGGAACCUCUCGACAGUUGGAUGUGAUCGCUGCUUUGCAUGAUGGGGUAGCCGGCGGGCACAGGUCUGCGCGGGUAACCCUGAACAAGAUCCAACGUCUUUAUUUCUGGGAAGGGAUGAACAAGAUGGUGAUUGACUUCUGUAAAUCUUGUUUCCCUUGCCAACAGAGGUCUAAUAUCCGCUACCUUGAGCCCCUAAAUCCACAUUAUGUGGUGCAUUUGGAUCUUUUGGUAAUGCCACCUGGUAUAAAUGGGUACAAAUAUAUCUUUGAUGCACGGGACAAUUUGACUGGGUUCGUUGAUGGUCGUGCCAUUCGCGAACGUACUGGGUCAGCCUUGGCGGAGUGCAUUGAGGAAUAUUGUUAUCCAUUUGUUCAAGAGAUUGUUAUGGAUCGAGGAGGCGAGUUUCGAGCAAAGGAGGUGCAAACGCUUUUAAAAAGACUUGGGAUCUUUCCAGUAAUGGCAAUAGUUAGCUUCGGCCAAGAAGCCAGCGUGAUCUAUGACGAUCUUGCUGAACUUCUCGUAGGUCAUCCCCUCCUCCUUUGUACGGGGAUACAACUGAAUACAAAGGGGGUCGGGUAGUGCGCGUGCAAAACUAUUCAAUAUCUGAGCAGGGGUCAAACCAUGUUCAUUGCAUUGUAACAGUUCGUCCAUGGUAGCUUUAAGCGCUG